AUGGCAACCACCUUAUCUGGCCCCAACGGCGGCCUGCUGGUCGUGUGUAUACUGCUUUGUCUGCUGAUACCGGCCUUUACUUUCUACGGAAAACCAUCCCUUGACUAUGGCCAAGAAGUUGGCUCGGAACUCGUCGCUGGCCUCAAGUCUUCGUACGGCUCGUGGAGAGAAGGCGAGGCCAAACAAGACCCGACGACAACCCACCACGAAGAGGACCCUGAAUACCUAGCCAUAUGCCUCGCAGUCCGGGACCAGGCUCUUGACCUGCCCGAGUUUCUGCAGCAUCACCACUACAACAUGGGCGUUGGCCGAUUCUAUAUCCUCGAUGACGGCUCAAACCCGCCCCUAAGCGAUGCCGUGGACUCCUUUGGCGUGCCGCCCGAGGUCCUGACCUUUGUCUACUAUGACGAGAGCCAGAGAGUGCCAGAGAUGCAGUACAAAAUGUACGACGACUGCGCGCGCGUACACGCCGUGGCGAGCGGUCGACACCACACAUGGCUGGCCUUUAUCGACGCCGACGAGUUUCUGGACACGCCGGGCGGCGAGUCGCUCGUGGGCGUGCUGCAGAGUUUCGAGGCGACCCGCGACGACGUCGGCGCCCUGGCCGUCAACUGGCAGAUGCACACGUCCAACGGCCUGCUGAGGCGGGCGGCGUCGGUGCGCUGGUCCUACACGCACUGCAUCUACGACGACGCCGGGCACGGCGGCGCGGGCUCGGACAAUCGGCACGUCAAGAGCAUUGUGCGGGUCCGCGACUACGGCGCCGGCGGCCCCAUUACGCCGCACAUGUUUCACCUCGCCCCCGGCAAGGUGACGGUGGGCGAGGACGGGGCGACGGUCGACUCGCCCGCGUUUCGCCAGCCCAUCUCCCGCGACCGUGUCAGCUUGCACCACUACGCCGUCAAGAGCCGCGAGGAGUACGUGGAGAAGAUGAAACGUAGCAAUGCCAUGGGCCAGCCCAAGGACUGGCAGUUUUGGAAUCACGUCGAGCAUGACUUGCCCCAUGUGCUGUGCGACGACAUGGUCAGAUGGUUGGAACGGGAUCCAAGAUGA